AUGACCCAGCUCCGGGGCGAAAUCGCCGCAGAGCUCCGCGCCCUGCACAGUCGAGAGCUGGCAAACUUUGGGCUUCAGUUGAAGCACAUGAUUUCAGAACUGCCGACGUCCACGCCCUUGAAGCCACGGCGCAGCAAAGAUAGCUCAGGAGCAAAUGCCUCUGAGACAAGUGCGCGAGCAUUGGACUUGCCGGUCCAGGCCUCGAAGAGUCCCGACCUGGGCAUGUCCCCUUCUACCAACGACUCGCAAGCCACAGAUUCCACGGCCUCGACCAUCACUAAAGAGGUCGUCAAAUACGACGAAUCUACUGGCGAAGUUGCCGUUUCUGUCAAGACGUCGUGCAUGCCAGACUCCAGCAUCGUGGGCCUCGUGAACCACGAGCUCAGAUCACCGCUGAAUGGCUUGGCAGGGUAUGCAAGGACCUUGGCGGAGACUGAUACCAAGUACCAGAAGGAGUUCAGGCUCUUUACGAACACGGCGCAGUUCGCACUGGACAAUGUGACGAAUCUGAUCGACCUCUGGAGCUAUGCAGGAAAGCAGCUGGGCGACCUGGUUGCGGAUGGGGUCUCAGUCGAGGACGUCAAAGACCUGACCCAACAGCUCCUGAACCGGGCAACCACACGGAAAGGAAAGCCGCUGAUCAAGAGCACCGUGGCUUUAGAGAUGUCGGUGGAAGACCCCAGCCUCGCUCUGACUGGCGAUAUCUCUUCUCUCACAGAUAUGCACUUUCACCUCGUGGCCAACGCAAUCAAGUUCACGGACCGGGGCGAGGUGUCUGCGACCUGGAGAAGAACUGAUGAUGGCCUUUCCCUCACCGUCAGAGACACAGGUAUCGGCAUGGCGCAGACAUGUCUGAACCGCAUCUUCGACCCCUUUGAAGUCGAGGACAAGUCGGACUCGCGGAAGUACGAGGGGAUCGGCCUUGGUCUCGCUGUGGUUAGAGAAAUCGCCCGACUUCAUGGGGCGAAGCUUUUUGUCAAGAGCACCAAGGGCGAGGGAAGCGAGUUCGAAGUGCGCUUUCCGAGGGGAGCCCUCGUCGAUCCCACGAGGGACACUGCCUCGGAUCAUCAUUGA